UGACAUGAGGACAGUAGAAUGAUUUACUUGAAAGCAAAAUAUUAAUAAUUUACUUUCUAUCUAUACUUUGAGUAACAGGUUUGUACAAAGUAAGUCAAUAUGACAAUAUCAUUAAAAAUAAAGAAAAUGAACGAGAUAUUUUAUUUUGGAUGAUGCAACUUCCUGUUGAACAUGUGAUUUGUGGAUUAUACCAAACAUUUCAUCGGGGUGAAAGUGUUCAGGACAUCUUAGAGAUGGCGUAAUCCCCCUUCUCUCUCUCUCUCUCUCUGUCUCUCUCUCCCUUUGUCCUAUUCCUUUUUCCCCCAUCUCAAGUCCCCGCCUCCUGGCUGUGCUCUGAUUGGAUGCUGAGUCUCUCUCCAGCUCUGCCAUUGGCCCUAGCACAGGAGAAAAACCUCUGUUUUCACUCAGUGGGGCUUUAAGCAGUGUUUAGCAGUUAGGGGGAGAAAAGAGAAAGGGAGGGAGGUAGUGAAUGACAAUGCAGGGAGGGAGAGAGGGAGCAAGGGGACGGAGAGGAAGGAGGGGCAUUGACAUUCAUUCAGCCUGAAGAAGGAGUGGGAAAGUAAACAGCCCUCUCGGAGGCCCACGAAGCCAGAGGGAGAUGUGUUUCAAAUGCGCCGGGUUUCAUAGCAGGAAGUCCAUGCUAGCUUGUUGGGGUUGAAUUGCCUAUCAGGAGGCGCUGAAGGUUUUCCUCUGGAAGUCUGAGCAGAGACAAGAAGGACCUAUGGGCACGCCUCCUCAGCAGCCGAGGGGUGUUGUGGAGGAUGAGGAAGAAGAGAAAGAGGGUCACAGAGAAAUGCUGAAAGAUGGAGACGUGCCACAGAAAGACAGCACCGUUUCUGCAGUGGCUAAAACGUCUUCUUUGGGGAAAGACAGUGAGCUUCGGGAGGUUGCAGGAAAGAAGACAAGUGGUACAGAUAAGCCAUCCUCUAGAAGCCCAAAACAAGAUGCAGAGAACCCGGCUCUAGCUGCAGAACUUGUAAAGACAGAAGAGGUCACAGUCAGCGCAUUAGCUUCUCCUGGAGCCUCUCCAUUGAAUGAUAUUCAGACGGGCAGCUCAGAGGUGAUCUAUGACGACGUGGCAUGUGAGGACGUGUCUCGAGGAGAAGGAGACAUGAUCUAUGAGGACGUACAGAAAGAGGAACUCCCUCAGGGGCCCAACAACGGCUGGAGUUCCAGCGAGUUCGAGAGCUAUGAUGAGCAGUCCGACUCUGAGAAAGUGGCUUCCCGGAGCAAGCUCUCCCCUGAUAUACGCCGUCUUCGGGAAUGUUGUGCCAAGACCAGGAGGGAGCUAGCCUCGAAACUGGGGGGAAAGUAUCAGAUGCAUCAGCUCAUGAGAGCAGCACGCAGUGGGACUAAAGAUAGCCUGGAGAAGACCAAGAUGGCUGUCAUGAGAAAAGUUUCCUUUCUCCAGAAGAAGGACCACUCGGAUGAAGCUGAAGAUGAUGCCGGCUAUCUGGACGUGAUAGUUUCUGAGGCCAAGCACCCUCCUGCACAGCUGGGCCCAAUGCCAGAGGGACUUAGCAGUCACCAGAUUGUUCGGCGUCACAUUCUGGGCUCCAUUGUGCAAAGUGAAAGGAGUUACCUGGAGUCUCUUAAAAGAAUCCUUCAAGAGUACCAAAAGCCACUGUUGGAGGCUGAGCCUCGUAUCCUGAGCCCGAGGAAGAUCAGGCCCAUUUUCUUCCGUGUGCGGGAGAUCACUCAAUGCCAUUGCAUGUUCCAGAUUGCUUUGGCUUCCCGUGUCGCAGAGUGGGACUCUAGCGAGAAGAUUGGCGACCUCUUCGUUGCCUCGUUCUCCAAGUCCAUGGUGCUGGAUGUUUACAGCGAUUAUGUCAAUAACUUCACCAAUGCCAUGGCCCUCAUCAAGAAAGCCUGCUUAUCCAAACCCGCCUUCCUGGAGUUCCUCAAGAAAAAGCAGUCAUCUAGUGUUGACCGGAUCACUCUAUACGGUCUGAUGGUGAAGCCCAUUCAGCGCUUUCCUCAAUUCAUCCUCCUCUUACAGGACAUGCUGAAAAACACUCCUAAAGGACACGUGGACCGUUUGCCCCUGCAGUUGGCUCUGACCGAGCUGGAGACUCUGGCUGAGAAGCUGAAUGAACAAAAGCGAGUGGCAGAUCAGAUCACAGAGACCCAACAGCUCGCCCGCAGUGUCAGUGACCGAUCACUUAGCAAGGCCCUGAAUUCAGAUCAGAGCUCUUUGGUCCUGUGCGAGACGCUGAUCGAGACGGUGUACGGCGAGCGUGGCCAGGUUCUCAAGUCCAGGGAGCGCAAAGUCUUCCUUUUCAGCAACAUGCUCGUCUGUGCAAACGUCAACGUAAAGGGUCCCCCAGACAUCAGCAGUCUGGUUCCAGUAGGGCCCAAAUAUACCAUGAAGUGGAGUGCCCCAUUAUUGCAAGUCCAGGUAGUCGAGGUCGGCAAGGACGCCCUCUUUCAGCAGGGAGGUGUCAAAAGGUCAGGCAGCUCUUCAACCUCAGGUAAAGUGAUCCUGGGUCCUCCUCGGCUGUAUCAAGAGCUCCAUGAAUUGCAGCAUGACCUUUCGGUGGUGGAGCAGGUCACCACUUUGGUGGGCACUUUACAGGGCACGUACCAGAAUCUGAACACCACUGUGGCAGAAGACUGGUGCUUGGCCCUGCAAAGGCUCAUCCGCAUCAAAGAGGACCAAAUACAGAGUGCCAACAAAUGCCGUCUUCGUCUGCAAGUCCCUGGCAAACCAGACAAGUCUGGCCGUCCAGUCAGCUUCAUGGUGGUGUUCAACACUCCGAGUCCUCUCAGCAAGAUCUCCUGGGUCAACCGUCUUCAUCUGGCCAAGAUAGCACAGAGGGAAGAGAACACACCUGGCUGGAUCUGUGCAGAAGAUGACGGGAGGACAAAGGCUCCACUCUGGUGUCCACUGCUUGCCUGUCGUAUGCCUGUCUUCACCUCAAAAGCUCAGGACUGUAAGCUAGAAGCCGCACUGCACAAUCCAGUCCAAUGUGCUCUGCUUGGUUUCUCUGCAGCGAGCACGUCGCUUCCUCAGGGAUACCUCUGGGUAGCGAGUGGCGGAGAUUGUGCACAGGGUCAUGUGGAGAUUUUCUCCCUGAAUCGAACUACUCCACGCUCAGUGAAAAGCUUUCAGGUACGAGCUCCUGUUCGGUGUUUGGAGUUUGUGUCUGAGCCCAGUCAUUCUGACAACGCUGAUCCUGCUCUCCAUAACACCACUGCUGCCGGGAACACAGUCUGCGUCGGCCUGGAUGAUGGCAGUAUUCUGGUCUAUGGGAGCAUGGACACAUCAGCUCAGUGUCUUCUGGACCUCCGGAAUACUACGGGUUCUCCUGUCCUGUGUCUCAAAUAUGCUUCUAACUUCCUGUUCGCAGGCCUGCAGGAUGGCACACUGCUCAGCUAUGAGAGAGCGCCUGGAGGUGAGUUGUGGAACCCAGAGUCUUAUCGUAAAGUCUUAGUGGGUCAUGAGCCAGUUCGGACAUUGCUGGCUUUAGACGACUCCAUAUGGGCCAGCUGUGGCAACUCCGUCUCAGUCAUCGACGUCUCCAGCUUGUCCACUCGGAGGUUUGAGGUCCACCAGGAUCCAAUGGUGAGCGUCACUCAGAUGGUACGAGCCGGUGGAGGGGUGUGGAUGGCAUUUUCUGAGGGUUCCUGCAUUCGCUUGUUCCACACGGAAACCCUGGAACACCUACAAGAGAUCAACAUCUCCACCCGCUCUUCAUUCCACAGUUCAAGUCAGAAGAAUGUGAGGGUCACCAGUCUGUUGAUUUGCCAGGGCUUGUUGUGGGUGGGCACAGCCCAGGGCAUCAUCAUCACUCUGCCUGUACCCAAGCUGGAAGGCAUCCCUAAAAUAACAGGUAAAGUGAUGACCUCUUUAAAUGCCCAUUGUGGUCCUGUGGACUUUCUCGUGGCGAUCAGCAGCACUUUAUCUCCAGAUCUGCUGAAGCGAGAUUCGGUUGUGGAAGCACCCGACUCGGCCUGUGGAGGGGAGGAGCGAACCGACUCCUCCUCCCAGGAGUCUCUGCAGCAGAGUAGCAGCUCCUCAAUCGGGGAAGGCAAGGGAAUCCGGAGGAGUGUGCUUCUUCAAUACCGCGUUCGCUCCACCAUGGGCUUACCUGGACGGCCACUGACCGCUCGAUGUGAUGAGUCCUCAGAUUCUUCGUUAGAGUCUUUAGAACACAGCCUCGAGGAUGGCUCUAUCUACGAACUCAGUGACGAUCCAGACAUGUGGGUCAGGGGUCGACCCUGUGAGAAGGACGGCCACAGGAGGGACAGGGUCAUGUCUGCAGCCAUCAUCUCUGGAGGGAAGGGAUUUAGAAGACUUAGGGAAGGUACAUCGGAGGGUACAGCAGAAUUGACUGAGUGCUCCCUUAUGGUUUGGCAACUGCCACUCACCGUAUAAAAUGUGAUUCCCAGGUUUCUUCAGGAUGCAAAGAUUGAGUGAGCUGUAAAAAUCUCGGGCAUUCCAUGAAACAAUGUGUUUUAGUUUCUUUUGUGUUGAGGAAAUCUAUUGGGUUUGUUUUGUUUUUGUUUUUUUUGUGGUUUAGAGUCCAUGCCAGAGUGAACUGCAAUCACACCAGUGAAAAAAAAAAAAAAAAAAACUGAAAUAAAAUACUCAAACAGUAUUGCUUUUCAUUAGUGACAGCUGUAAAUAUUUAGUGAUAUUCACACUUGCAAUAAGGUUUGUAGUAAUUCUGAAAAGCUUGAUUUUGUGUUCAACAAUCAAGGCAGUAGUAAUGAAGAAACAAUUAGCCAAUAAGAAGCCAUAAACGGUACACUUUCAGGCCCUUCUCUGAUUACAGCCAUGCACACGAGUAAGGCUUCAGGCUGUAAUUGCAUUUCAGAGUAGCAUGUGUGCAGCACACUGAUGGAAGUGAAAUGCAAUUCAAUGCGGAUUUACAUUUACUUCUGACAUGAAGUCAGUGUUUAAUUCUUUAAAAAAGCAAUCCCCUGCUGCUUGUUUUUCAUUAAAAAGCAAUGCUAUUGUUGCUCAUUGUGGUACGUUUUCUGCACGUCACUAACGAAAACCAAUACAGUUUCUAAUCUGGAAUCGAAUGGAAUCUUCUCCAUUUCUAAUUUUUCAUGCAAUAUACAAUAUAAAUAUGAGUUAGCACAUUAAGUCUGUGCCUUUCAUUUAUCUGUCCCUUAUACCCCAAAUGUCUCGCAGGUCUUUUUUUAAACAGUAUUAAUGGAUAAUGGCAUAUGUGAAAAAAAAAAUGUUUGAGAGAAAGAUAAGGAGCUGACUUUCAAAGACAAAACUGCACAUCAUGAAACAAACUUCAACAUUUUAAAAACCCACACAGAUGUACUGUACAGUCUAUAACACUGGUUUACACCAAUAAAUGUGAGGUCAAGUUGAGCUACACAUCAUCGCAGUGGCUGUGAGAGUAUUUUGAGACCACGAUACGUGCUAUAUUUCGCUAUGUACUGCUUGUGUACUUUCUCCUCUUGAGAUGGAAUGUCUGGUAUCCUGAAGAUCCAAGAUGCUUCUUUGAAAGCCUUGUAAUAUUAAAAGCAUAAAGUCUUCACAGGUCAAUACCGCUACUCUGGGACUUAAGUACUCAGUGAUACACUGUGUGUACACUCGAUAUCUAGACAGCUUCUCCUCUCUACAGGGAACCUCAGAGCAUCCUUUUAGUGUCUGUGAAUGCAUUCAACUCCAGCUUCACCGUGGGUCAGUGCUGCUCAAAUACACAAUAUUUCCUUAAGGCCUGCAGUCAGGUCAUCCCUGGUGGAUCAUUUUCUUUGGAAUUUGCCAUGCCGGAGCCCUACUGAAGGGUCUAUUUUAUUUCACAGCAUUUGAUGAAAUCCUAUCAGCAAAAAGGGCAGCAGGCAAAUUGAAAGGAGUUUCCGUGUCUAUAUGGAGUCUUUCAGAGAUUUCUCAGUCCCUCAUUGCUUGGAACGUGAACUAACUUUUCUGUGUGUGUGUCAUUUCUUGUCAGGUCAGCAGUAAAGGCAUAAAGACCCUGAAGUCAAAUUCAAAUAUGUCACACAGACAGUACUAUAGAAGAAAGUUCACUUAUAAUUAAAAAAAUAUCCUGUUCAAUAGACUCUUUCAGCUGGGUGGUUUAUGAAAAUCUGCUAAAGUUUACCACAUAGGAAUGAACAUUAAUAAUGUGUACUGUACAUGUAAGCACAUUUAAACUGAAGCAAAUUAGACAGAAGGCGUGAUGUCUGCUUAUUUUAUUUGCCCCACACACAUCACUGAUAUUCUAAUCUGUUCAUGGUAGUAAUAUAGAAUCUUAUACCACAGCAUUGUGGGAUAAAAUCUUAAAUCUGAUUGGUCAGAAGGUGUUCAUUGAUUUUCUAUAACACCAGUUCUGACUAUAGUGCUGGCUGUAAUUCAAAUCACAGGUUUAAAUUAACGUGCUAGUUCUAAUAUGGUAUCAUUUAUAGUGAUAUAGUAACUUUUCGUUACCAAGACACUCCACAAUGUAAAGUUAACAACAAUAAAAAGACAAAAAGGAAAGCGUAUAAUCGUUCAUAUGGUGAAGAUUUCUGUAUGAAAACAUUUAUUUAUCAUUUAUGAAUUCGAGUCUCCAGUGGCAGGGCUAAGGUUUCAGCCAUGUACAGGGAAGUUUGUGCUUUAUGAUUUCUCAGUAACAUGACAAGCUGUGGGUUUUUUUGUGUUAUUUGUAACAUCCAGAUAGAAAAAAAAGGCAGUUGAUACCUGCUAUAAUACAAGUAUAACAAGAACUAACUUAUUUGGCCACCAUUCUACAACAUUAGUAACAAUAAAUGGGUAAAAAGUAACAGUAAUCCCGCUUAAUCACCCCACCUUGUUGUUAAUUACUGUCCUAUAAUAGAAUGCCCCAAAGUGUUCUUUUCCCCAUACACAUUAAACAGUUACGAAGGCAGCACUUUAAGCAUAAUACUAUGGUUACGUGUUUCUCAGUUGUUACAAAAUAAUUCAUAUACAAUAAGCUGGUAAUUAAAUUUUAAAAUGAUGCUAAAAUUAUACUUAUCCCUAUAUUAUUUUGUAAUUUCCUUCAUUAGUAAAUGCAACUUAACAAGUAUCAUCACGGCAUUAUCAUGACAUCAUCACUUAUAGAUCUGUAAAUAGCUAACAUUACAAAAAUAUCAGUAAUUAGCAAUAGACUAUUUGAUUAAAGCAUUAUUAUUAAUUGUCCAUUAUUAAACUGUCCAUAAACUGUUAUACCUACAGUAAUAAAAUAGUACUUAAUAGAAAGUCACAUGCUUCCCAUCAACUACAGAAAAGGAAAAGAAAUUGAAUAAUAGUACAUUUCAUAUAAUAUCAGUGAUUAUGGAAUAUGAGUCCAACAGCAGUAAAAUUUUAUAGCUCCAAAAAAAAGCUAUAGUUCCAAAACUGGUCUGUGUAACCAUGGAUAUUACGACUGCGAAUUGUAAUGGAAUACAUUUUAUGGCUCACCUUAUAGUCCUGCCUUUUAGUAACAAGUCAUGUAAGAUGCCAAUAAUACAAAAAUUGUUUAUUUGAAACUAACCUAUCACUAUGGCGUAAUUUCCAAUAUAAAUAUACUGUAUAGUUUGGAAUAAAAGGGAAAGCAGAGCAUUUUACUUUUCUCUCUUCUUUUCUUGCUAGGAUUUAUGAUGUAGCUUUAUAACAGCAUUUCCUCAUGCGGUUUCGCCCUAAGCUCCUUCCCCAGUAACUUUCAUUACAGAUGCUACUGAGCCAUGCAAAUAGAACUGUGCAAUAUCUUCAACGGCACUGAGCUGCUCCAUGUCCACUGGAGAGGUGAGAGUGGUUAAAAAAAUAAAUAAAUAAAUAAAUAAAAAACAAUGGGAAAUUUACACUCUUUCAAUUUUGGGCAGCCAGAUGUGACAUAUUUAUACGCUGUUGUAAUGUAAUGUUGUAGGCAAUACUGAUAACGCACAGUGAUGUGUCAUGAAGUCCUGGUACUGGUACAUUUUAUUUUUCAUUAAAGCAGCAUUUAGUAUGAAGUUGUAUUUCUCAUGUAUAACUAAUAUCUUAUAGAGAAGCAGUAAUUACUUAAAGAUGAUGUAAAUUACGGUUUAUGGCUACUUGUGUCUGUUAUGUUAAUAUUUUUGCACAACUGCAUUUCUUGAUUUCAGGAUCUGUUGUUGUUAAAAUAAAUACAUUUGAGCAAAUUUGUUUCUAGAAACCUGUAUAUCUCUUAGGUUUUAUACUCAUAAACACACAUGCAUUUGGUGUCUUCCUUUGCAUUUUAUGUCCAAUGCAGCAUCAGGUCUCAGACCCAAGAACUGGCCAAAAUUCCCACGUUAUUGUUGAUUGCUCCCUGACUCAUUCCUGCUGAACUGUCAGAUUUAGAUGCUUUAGGUGUUUGGCAUUUUCUCAUCCUAUCUUGCCCUUCAGAGAGGCAAAUCUCUGCGAUUACGUGCUAGUCACUGUAAAAGGCCGAAGAUAAGUAGAAGGCAUUAAACGAUAUGGCUCACAAGGGGAAACCCAGAACGAGCACUGAAAAGGUCAGCAUUUCAGAAAAAAAGAAAAAAAAAAGAAAUGUUAUCUACAGUGUGAACAACUCAAUCGUAUGUGUAGCAGGACAGUAGAUAUCCGUGUCUAAUGUCCCACAAACAACUGUCCAGGAUGUAGGAGAAAUAAUGAGGUACACUAGAAAAAAUGAGUUUGGGUUAAU